AUGAAGACACCGUGGGGCAAUGUCCCAGUGCUGCUUCAGCUGCUGCUCCUGGGUCUACUUGAUGUGCCCCAGGCUGAGAGUUCCUGCUCUUGUACCCUGGGCAUCCCUGGCAUUCCAGGCAUCCCUGGAGCACCUGGCUCCGAUGGCCAACCUGGAACCCCAGGAAUAAAGGGAGAGAAAGGACUUCCAGGGCUAGCUGGAGACCACGGUGAGUUUGGACAGAAGGGGGACCCAGGGAUUCCUGGGAAUCCAGGAAAAGUUGGCCCCAAAGGUCCCAGUGGCCCUAAAGGUACCCCAGGGCCCACGGGAACCCCUGGGCCCAAGGGUGAAUCAGGAGACUACAAAGCCACGCAGAAAAUAGCCUUCUCUGCCACCAGGACCAUGCUCAGUUCCCUGAGACAGAACCAGACCAUCCGCUUCGACCGUGUAAUCACCAACGUGAACAACAACUAUGAGCCUCGCAGCGGCAAGUUCAACUGCAAGGUGUCCGGCCUCUACUACUUCACCUACCACGCCAGCUCUCGAGGGAACCUGUGUGUGAAUCUCAUCCGCAGCCAGGAGCAACCACAGAAGGUGGUCACCUUCUGCGACUACGCCCACAAUACCUUCCAGGUCACCACGGGUGGCGUGGUCCUCAAGCUGAACCAGGGGGAGAGCGUCUACCUGCAGGCCACUGACAAGAACUCCCUGCUGGGCAUCGAGAGUGCCAACAGCAUCUUCUCUGGGUUCCUGCUCUUCCCGGAUGUGGAGGUGUGACCAUGGAGCUGAUCCAUGUCCACCCCACAUCUCCCCUAUCAGCAAUGCUCACUUUACCCCCAACACCACGCUUGCUGGUCAAAGCACACAGUAGAGCUCUGUGAAUACUGCUGAAUGAAUGAGUAAA